AUGUAUGAUGAAAUUGGGUGCUCAAGAUUUUUGCAACAAAACCCCUCAUACGAUGGACGGGGUGUUGUAGUGGCUGUGUUUGACACAGGUGUAGAUCCAGCUGCCGCUGGACUGCAGACUACCACAGAUGGAAAGCCAAAAGUGAUUGACAUUAUUGAUCCCACCGGAAGCAGUGAUGUGGACACCUCAAAAGUUGCCAAAGUCGAUGCAGAUGGAAAUCUUAGCCUUCUGUCAGGCCGAACAAUGAUUGUACCAGAAUGCUGGAAAACAACUUCGGAGACCGAAUUCCACAUCGGAAUUAAACGGGUGUAUGAGCUUUGCCCGGAGGUUCUGAAGAAACGACUACGCCGCGAAGCGAAGGAAGAUUUUGAAAUGAAGCACAAUCCGAUACUAACCCAGGCGGUACAGGACAUGCAUGAAUGGGAUAGCAAGCACCCCAAUAAAACACCCUUAAAUGCGGAGGAGAGAAAGACUAAGGCAAACUUUGCGGACGCAAAGGAAACGCUGGAGGGUAUUGCUAAGGAAUAUCAGGACUGUGGGCCAGUUGUAGACUGUAUCUUGUUUGCAGCUCCAUCUGAUUCAGAGGGCAAAUGGCUGUGUUGUGUCGUGCAACCCACGUGCAUGUCACUGGAGGAUGCAAAGUUGAUGCUUGAAUACAGAUAUCGGCAGGAGUACGGGCGCUUGUCAGAGGCCAGCAUGGUCAACUACUCAUUCAAUGUCUACUGCGAAGGUGAUGUGCUGAGUGUCGUCACCACCAGCGGUGCACAUGGCACUCAUGUAGCCUCUAUACUGGCUGCCCACCAUCCGGAUAAUCCGAAAACCAACGGGAUCGCACCCGGAGCUCAGAUCAUCUCAAUCAAGAUCGGGGACACGCGAUUGAAUGGAAUGGAGACAGGGACAGGCGUGGCACGUGGGUGGGUGGAAACUAUCCUCAAGAAGGCCGAUUUGGUUAACAUGAGUUAUGGCGAGGACGCCGCUGUGUGCAAUCACGGAUACAUCACAGAGCUUGCCAAUCAUGCUGUACGCGAGAAUGACAUCGUCUUCGUCACUAGUGCAGGUAACAGUGGCCCUGCGCUGUCCUCGGUGACAGCCCCAGGCGGAACCACUAGUGAGUGCAUCUCUGUGGGCGCGUGUGUCAGCCAGCCCAUGGUGGAUGCUGAGUACUGCAUGGCCGGCAGUAUAGACGCCCCCACUCAGUACACCUGGUCCUCUCGUGGGCCGGCCACCAACGGCUCAGCAGGAGUCACCCUCAGUGCACCCGGUGGAGCCGUUGCAUCGGUACCAAAUUUUACGCUGAAUUGCUCACAGCUCAUGAAUGGUACAUCUAUGGCUUCACCCAAUGCGUGCGGAGGAGUCGCACUCCUGCUAAGUGCGCUGAAGCAGAAAAAGGCUCUGUAUACUCCACAGGCAAUCAAAAGCUGCCUUGUCGCAACUUGCGAACCGAUCAAAGGCGUGGAAUCCCACGCUCAGGGUGCUGGUAUCAUGCAGGUGGACCGGGCCUUAAAAGCGUUUUGCGGCGCACCAUUAUCGAAAAUGGACCAGAAUGCAUGGGCUGGUUACACUUCGCCCAGUCGGCAAUGCGGUUACGAUAUCUCUUGCAACUACCAUGGUCAUCCAAGUCGGGGUGGUAUUUAUCUACGAGAGACUUACGAGACAUCUCCUGCAACGACUACAUGCGCGAUUACUGUCAAGCCUUUCUUCUCGAAGAAAAUAUGUAACACGUUAAAGGUCGAUUUUGAGCUCAAGUUAAUGCUGGAGUGUGAGGCUGAUUGGGUAGCACCGCCAAAUCAUGUUGUUCUCAACUCAACCGGCCGCGUUUUCAAUAUUGAAGUGGAUAUGGACAAAGCUCGCGCCAUGAACUUACCUGGCACAUAUGCCACAACAGUGUACGCGUAUGACUCCGAUGAGGCCUCGGGACUGCCUCUGUUCAGUAUACCUGUCACCAUCAUGAUACCUUAUGCCAGUACCGAAAGCCAGCAUAUCGUAUCACAGCAAAGCAAUCGCAAUAGUAGAAUCGAUGCCGAUGUGCAGCAGUCGGAGAAGGUUGACUAUACAUUCAAUGACAUCGCAUACACACCCGCCCACAUGGAACGCCACGUUUUCAGUGUGCCCAGCGGUGCCACGUGGGCGGAUGUGACCGUCACUGUGACUUCAGGCACUCCAGGGUCGUCGAAGGUGUUCAUUCUUCACGCACAGCAACUGCAUGCGCAGGCCGGUCACUCGACGUCCGAGUACAAAACUCGACUUCCGGUCAAAGAAGGCAUUCCGUUGGUACGCUCGUUCCGUGUGAUUGGUGGAUCCACAUUGGAGUUGUGUGUGGCCCAGUUUUGGAACAGUCUCGGUGAUUGUUUGGUCAGCACACACAUUGAGUUCCAUGGAAUCAUGCCGAAUCUCGAGUGCGUUGCGCUGCAUGGUGAUGAUGAGGUGGUACGAGUAGACGCUUUCUGCAAAUUGCGUCCGGAAACGCUUGAUCCAACUGUGGUCCUGAAAGACAUUCGUCAGCACUUUAGGCCAAAAACUACCACUCUUCGGCCGCUUCCGAUAGAGCCCCGAAAUACCAUGCCUCACAAGGGUCCUGUGUACGAACUGCUGCUACAAUAUGAGUUCAACCAGGAAGAAUCAGAAAGCUCGCAAGUAACUCCCAGAUUCCCUUUGCUCAACGGCACACUGUAUGAGAGUGUAUUCCAACAGCAACUCUGCGUUAUAUUGGACAAGAAAAACCGUGUGCAUGUGUGGAGUGAUGCCUUCCCCAGCAAGUGCAAGCUUCCCAAGGGAGAGUAUAUCGCUCGAUUACAGGUCUGUUCGUACGACUUGGCACAACUCGAACGUCUACGAAAUAUGUUGCUGGUGCUCGAAACGAAAUUGCAGAAGGAUAUCCCAUUAGACGUCUACCCUACAUUCGAAAAAGCUGUAGUAAAGAGUUCCAACCACAAGUUCAAGAAGCGCUCCAUCCUUAAGGGUCAGACAGUCCCAGUAUUUAUCACACCCCCGCCUGCCGAUAAGUUGCCUAAAUGGGCCAAGGCGGGUGACACUUUGGUAGGUACGGUGACGUAUGGUAAACAAUGCGAUACUGCCGGAUGUGGCAAACGACCGCGUGGCUGGUCAUUGGUUGUGCAUGUGGCCCCAGUCAUCGUCAAAGAGAAUCCCAGUAAAGAUUCGCCCAAGAUUGAUGCAGAACCACUCGAAGCGCCGUUAGAUGAUUUCUCAUUGUCUGUGCUGAAGUACAAAGUAAAACUUCUGCCUGGAGAGUACAAGAAAGAUCAAGACAAGGCUACCACGAUAUACAAGGAUCUACAAGAGAGGCAUCCCACGCACUUGCCGUUGUAUGCUGCAUGGUUAGAGUGCCUCGACGCCGCUCCCUACAAGUCAAUCGAAGCAAUCUGCUUACCGACGCCAGAGGACUGCGAGUGGUCUAAUGGCAUUACGAUCUCUUCCGAAAUUCGACAAGCCACAAUAAAUUGUGCGACCGAGUUGAUCAGUCAGAUCGACCAGACAGCUUUGGCUGCGUAUAAUGGCAUCCAACAGGACCCCGAUGCAGCAGACAAGAAGAAAAUGGCCACUCAGAAAACACUGCUUAUCGAUGCUUUGUAUCGUAAAGCCCGUGCUUACGCCGCUGCACACUCAGAUGCAGAAAACUUGGCUGCUCAGUUCACAGAGACGUACGAACAGCUAUGCAAGUGGGUCGGUGACAAGGACAAGGCCGCGACAAGACGAGAUACGUUGGAGCUGGUAGAUCAUGUUCUUCACCAGCGCUAUGGUUCGGCUGUAAAGCUGGCCAUAAAGGUGCUCAAAUACUCUGUUGAUGGCGAUGUUGGCCGAUUAUUGAGCGAUUACAUCCGUGAUGUCCUAUCUUUGAAACUUGGCUGGUCUCAUUUGCAGGAGCAGAACGCUCAGGCCGUCUUCCGCAAUCUCCCCACGUCGAUGCCAUUGAUGUAAUAGAUCAUAACAUAGUUCCUAGAACACCAUAAACUUAACAUCCUAACGAAUGGAUGUAUAAUAUAUUGAGUCC